AUGUCAGUCGCCGCUCUUCGUCCGACCCAUGAAGCAGGGUGGCAACCUGCUCCUUGCACCGUUUUCACUUCCCCCUUGAGCCAUACCUCUUUUGGUCCUAAUCCGACUUCUGGCUACAAUGAGUCCUACAUUCGACCUCACAGUGUCAGUGUCACAUCGGGUCAUCCAGACGACGACUGCAUCGCCAAUACCAACAGGAACAACAGAGUAUCAGGAGAUGGGUAUGAAGAGCGAUACGGUCAGGGAGCCAGUAUAUCUACCAAAAUUAAUGUAUUCAACAUCGAAAGAUACCUGAGGAAUCUGACCAAGAACAAUCCAGAUUCAUGGAAAGAUCCCACUAUCCGUGACCAAGUUUCUCAAGCUAUAUCUAUCGAUUUGGACUCUAAGGAACCUAUCUUGAAAACUCCUUCGUUUCAAGUUGAUUUACCAAGUGUAGAGUCAAAGAUUUAUCACGAUACCAGAUCGGAGACUGAAGCUAUGAUCAAAAGUUGUAUAAGGCAAUAUCAAAAGAGUAAAGAUACCAAACAUAUCAUGAGAGCUGAUGAAGUUUCAAGAAAAGAAAUAUCAACCAACAAAUCGUUAGUGGAAAAUUGGUUGAGGGGUGAAAAGGUGUUUGAUCAACCUGUUAAAACUCAAUUGAAUUUGAUGAAUAUGGAUAAAUUCCUGAAAAGACAUAAAGAUCUUUCGUCGGAUAGAUCUUAUAGAGAAAAAAUACAGGGAUUCUUACUUGGACAAGAAGCCAGUGUUGAGCUUUCUUAUGAAGACAGCGAACGGUUAUCGGAUGGAUCACAUUAUGAAAACAAGGUCGCUUCCGGUAUAUCGAAAGAUCAAGGUAAAGAUGGGGUCAGGGAGUGGCAAAGAGAGAAAAUGAGAGGGAUUGAUAAACUCACGAGGGAUUGGUAUAAGUCGUCUGGGAUCACUGACGAACAAUGGCAGAGUGAGUUGGAAAGUAUGGAGAAGGAUUUAAAGGCAAAAGGGAAACUUGGUGGUUCCUCAUCUGGAAUGACUGAUCAGUCAAGUCGAGGAAGUGGCGAUGGGGAAGGCGAUAAAACCAAAACAUCCUUGAGUAUACUUAACUUAGAUACGUUCCUGGAGAAUUAUUCUGAGCUAGCUAAGGAUGCUAGAAUUCAAGAAGCGGUGAAAAGGACUUUGAAAGGUGAACAGAUCCCGAUUUCUUUCGGGUCCGAGUCGAUCGCUACAAAGUUGAACGAAGCUACCAGACAGAGUUCGGAAGUACUUUCGAAAUUCAAGGAGAGCGAAGAUAAGGAAGGUAUGAAGAGUUGGCAAAAGGAAAGGAUGGGUAAGAUGGGUAAGAUGUUGGCGAAAUGGGAAGAGCAAUCAGGUAAGAGUAUGAAAGAAUGGGGUGAAAGUGGCAGUGGGAGUCAGAGUGGGGGUUCUUCAGAUUCAUCAGGAGGUCCUUCUGCUUCGUCUUCCCUCCCAGAUUCAAUAGAUAAAUCGGAUCUGUUCGAAAUUGAGUUGACGCGGUACAAUCUGCCGGAAUUACUGAGCUGCUACACCGAUCCAAAUAGACCUGGAAACUCUUCAGAAAUACAAUCAUUCCUAUAUAAAGGUCUACCCCCAAAUCAUCCCAAGGUUAAAAAGAUGUACGAACUUAUCAGUCAGACCGACCAGAGCCAGAAAAUCAAAUUACCUUCCCGGCUCGCCAAGACACUCAGCUCCGUCCAGACCAGAACAUCGCAUGAUCUAGAUUCGUUAGGUGGGGAUCAAAGUAAGAUAAAGUCUUGGAAACAUUUCCAAGAUCUGAAGAGUAAAGCAGCAUUACAUAAUUGGAAAUAUUCACACAAAGGUGAUGAUCGUACACCCCUUGGCAAGUCAACUACAUCAGUACCGGGUAUACAUCGUCGACCGAUAUCAGAUGCAACGCGGACAGCAGGACGUUCCGAUAAGUCGAGGAUCGAUCAGAUCGACCGGUUCGUAUCGGACAGUAACAGUACGGAUACGGUGGAUGACAAACAAUGGUGGAUCAUGGAUCAGUCAUUGAGGUCGAAAUAUGGGUAUGGAAAACAUGGGAUGAAAGUGGACAAGGAAGAUCAACUGAGAAGCAAGAGGAGUUGGAAUGGGAUAGAGUCAAGUGGAAAUUAUCUGGAUAACCUCAAUAAAACUUAUUGUACCGAUAGUAGUACAAAUAGUAGCCCUGGUGAUAGUGAUACCUCUACGGCUAGAACACCCUUGAUCUCCGCAUCGGCUUGA